UUUGCGUGUUCAGUUUAAUCCAAGUAUUGUGUAAUAUAAUAGAAAAAAACUCCAGUCAGAGAAAAAAUACCCAAUAGUUAUGGAGUUUCAUCAAAUUGAUUGCUUUGCGAUUAAUAUGAAAUUUUUCAAAUUACUUGGUAUUUGUAUAAGAAAUUACCCAUUUCGUUUUUACAACGUUUAUUCAAUAAUGUUAAUAUUUACUUUCAUUAUCUUCUACGAUUUAUUAUGCACGAUAAAUUUGUUAUACUUGCCGGUGCAGUUGGACCUCAUUAUCGAGGAACUAGUUUUUUAUUUCACGGAGUUGGCCGCAAUUUCUAAAGUGCUAACAUUUGUAUUUUUUCGUGACAAACUUGCUAAAAUUUUGGACGCUUUAGAAGAUCCAAUGUUUCAAGCGGCUAAUGGGAGAGAACAAAAAAUUAUAGAUGGAGCUAAAAGAUUUAAUAAGCGAUAUUGGAAAAUUGUAGCAACAGUCUCGUUAACUUCACAUGCAACGCAUAUUUUGUCUCCGAUUGUAGAGCAUCUGUUUCUAUCAGUACCAUUACAACUACCUACAUGCCGUUAUUCCUUUUUAUCUGAAAAUACAAUUCAGCAAUUUAUUUAUCCAUUAUAUUUAUAUCAAACACUUGGUAUGCACUGUCAUUUGUGGUUCAAUGCCAACAUUGAUUCAUUCUUUUUGGGAUUGAUGAUACUGAUAAUAGCGCAGCUACAAAUUCUUGAUUUGAGAUUAAGAACAGUAACUGAUGUUAAGAAAAAUGAUGAUAUUGGACAAGCAAACACUUCGGAAGCUAGAGCCAAUUAUUCCCUAACACAGUUGAACAAAUGUAUUGUUCAUUUCGAUGAAGUAGGAAAGUUUUGCGGUCUAGUGGAAGAUACUUUCAGCAUGACACUAUUUAUGCAGUUCAGCAUGUCAUCGUGUAUUCUUUGUGUUGUACUUUUUAGAUUUACACUCCCGGCGCCAUUCGAGUACUAUAUAUUUCUUGGGACGUAUAUGUGUGUUAUGAUCAGUUUCAUAUUUGUGCCGUGCUGGUUUGGGACACGCGUUAUGGAGCUGAGUGUGCUUUUGUGCUCGUCUGUAUACGAAUGUGAUUGGACAGCAAUGCCGAAAAAAUUCAAGAGCAAUUUACAACUUUUUGUUGAAAGGGCAAAAAGACCACUGACUAUAACAGGUGGAAAGAUGUUUAUGCUUUCACUAACCACUUUUACAUCUAUAAUGAACUCAUCAUAUUCUUUUUUUACGUUGCUACGAAAUGUACAGACUCAUGACUAAGAUUUGACUUAAUUAGUUUUUAUUAUUUCAAAUUAUUCACUUGUGAUUCUUUAUCUUCUAUCAUUACCGGCACAUUUUGUAACUUUAAUUGUAUAUUUUAUUUAAAUUUGUCAUUAAAACUACGAUUAAACAAUUAAACUGUCA